GUCUAAGUGCACAUUGCUUCACAGACCACCGAGGCAGAGGGGCCUUUUAGACCUUAGUGACCUAAACCAUAUUUCAUACGUUUUGUGAAAGUACUGGCAGUUCGACUGAACGAAAAUGACGACUUUCCGGACCGUACUUUUUUGCAUAGGCACACUAGCUCUAGCGAGCGCCGCUCCAACACCAGCUGCAAGGGCGAGCUCACCGCAACAUUCUGAAUACGAAUAUGAUUAUGAGGGCGCAGCUCAACAAUCGAAUCAAGCACAAGAGCCACUUGAAUCCGCUAGCCAUUAUGACGCUUACAUCCAUGAUGUACAAAGCGCGGCUAGCGGAGGCGACUCUAAGAAAGGUUACAGUAGAGGCAGUGGUUUGAGAACCAUUGCAGUGGGCUCCGCAAAUCAAGCUAAGACAGCGCUUGGAAACCAGGCCGCUGCAGCGUACCAAGCUGCUUAUGUGGCAAAGAAUACCUUAGCGCAAUCGGCAGCUCAAGCCAGUGCCACAGCUCAGGCUGCGCUAGCUGGCAAGCAAGUUAUCCUUUCCGGAUUGGAGCAGCAAGUUAGAGAUGCGAAAGUCGCACUGCAGGGAGAAGAGAUGCAGUUGCAACAGGCUAAGAGAUCUGCCCAGGCAGCAGCGCAGGCGGCCCAGCAAGCUAUGCAUCAGGUCAACGUGAUCCAAGCGGCGCUGAAUGCUGCACAGGCUACGUCGGAAAACGCAAACGAGGCCGCGUCACAGGCGGCGGGUGAGUUGGGAGCACAAACCGCUAUGGUCGGCGCUGCUCGCCAGAGGCUACACACUCUUCAAGAACAGCUUCACGGUGUUAGGAUCGACUUCGAAGCCACUCAGACUGCCGCUAGAAAGGCUCAGGCGGCCGCACAACAGGCGCAAGCGAAUGCAGCGGCGGCGGCGGCCAAAGCCGCGGCAGCGGGUCUCGGCGGUAACCAGCAUCACGAUACCUCGCAUGAAGAGUCCGGUUCCGCUCAGCAUCACCCACAGACCAGCGCACAGAGAACCCUACCCAAUCCAAAACAUCAAGACAUUCUCAUCAAGCCAUUCCAUAACGCACCAAAACCAUUAGCAUUCAACCUGUCGUCACGUUUAAAAUCACUUCACAAGCCGAAUAACUCCGUCGAGUUACAAAUCCAACCUAUCCAUACACAUGUCCAACAAAGUAAUAACGUACUAGCCCAUGUUAAGCCUAUUAAGCUAGUCGCAAUAGAUUCAUUUGAAAAAGCAUACCCAGAUAGUCAUAUUGAUUUUAAAGGGUUUCGGCGGUAAUGUAUUCAAUUAGAGAAGCCGUAGAGGAAAAGCCGCGCCACGAGCAGGAUGUGGAAGAAGAAGAAGAGGACUGCGAGGAGUAAUUUUCACUUCCUAGCUGCCUAG